AAUCCUUCACGAUCUUUACCUCAUCUUUCAAAAUGGUGUGUCUAUCUCGCGCGUUUCCAUCCAAAUUCAAUCAAUUAUUACAAAAAUGAACUAUUAACUGUUUAGCAAACACGCGAACAUUCCAUUACACAAUAUAAAUUGCAAGUGAAAUUAAGUUUAGAAUAGUGCGAAUGUGUUUUUCUAGUCAUUAUUUUAGAAUCAGUUCGAACUGUGAUUGUGAUUUGAUUGUUAUUUAAAGCGUCUUACCUCAAAUAAAAUGGCUGGUGACAGACUCGUGUAGCGGGGACAUGUCUGCUCAAGUCAAACACUCCGACACGGCGGCCUCGGACAAGCCGGACCGGCGACGCGGCGCGGCGGGCCGAGCGGCGGCGCUCCGGCGCGCGCCGUCCGACUCCGACUGUUCCGGCGAGACCGCCUCGCUGUCCGCCGACAGCGGCGAGCGCCGUCCGCCGCCGCCGCCGCCCAGGGGCAAGACUAGGAAUCGGCGGCGUGGCAGCGAAUGGGAGGUGCUGGAGGGUCUGAAGGACGGGCAGCGCUUCGAGCGGCGGCCGGAAGUCUUCAACGGGUUCCUGCACAAGAAGAGGAAGUGGCCCUUGAAGGGAUGGCACAAGCGUUUUUUCGUGGUAGACGGCGGUAUUCUAGUCUACGCUCGUUCGCCGACCGACGUGGCGCGCGGCCGCCUGCACGGCUCGCUCGAUGUCGGUCUGUCUGUCAUCUCGGCUAAACCUAGGAGGAGGCGCAUUGAUAUAGACGCUGAUGAGUUCAUAUACCAUCUGAGAGCGAAGACUCCUGAAGUUUUUAGGACAUGGCUGAACGUGUUAAAAGCGCAUCGGUUAUACCGCCAGCAUCUCCUAACGUUCGGAGCCCGGGAGUCCGUGCCGAAGAUCCACGCGCCGCUCGACGAACUGCCGCCAACAGACAACUCGUCUCGGCUGAUAAGCCCUAACGGCGCCCCCAUCCGCGGGCCGCAGGCGGGGUUCGUGUCGGGGACCCCCGGCGGCCGCCUGGCUGGAUGGAUCGUCGAAUCCGGCGGUCCAUUGGAGAGUGCAUCUCGAGAGCUGGGGCAAGCCCAGCUGUCCGUCCAGCAGUUGCAGCGCCUGCUGGAUGCUAUGCUGGAGAUACAGAACAUGCACCACCAUGAUACAGAUCAGGUGUCGCUAGAGGGCGCCUCGCCCAGCGUGAAGAAGGACCGGCGCAAGUUCGGGCUGCGCAAGAAGAAGUCCAACAGCAAGUGCGCCUCGGUGGAGCUGGCGCCGCCACUCGCCGACGGCUCUAGCUCGCAUAUGGCUCUCUCAGCGCUCACAGCGCCGCCAUCGCCGGGCGGUGGCGCGUCAUCCAUGCCCAACUCUGCCGCCAGUCUUCCCAUAGCAUGCGCAGCGGCUCGUCCUCAGUCCUUGCCCGGUGCGGAGGCCCUAAGCGUAGGCACCGGCGGAGGCCCGACAUCCUUAACGAGUUUGACGCCCGACCACCAGCUGAGAGAGGACUUCACUAUACUGGCCAAGGACUUGGUCACCAAUUUGAAGACUGUCGUCUCUACUUUGGUGGUGGAGCGCGGGCGGCUGCGCGCGGCCGUGGAGGCGGCGGAGGCGCCGGCGGCGGGCGGCGUGGUGGCGGCGCUGCGCACCAACCUCACCUCCGCGCUGCAGCAGAAUUCCGUGUUAAAUAUUAUAGAACUGCGGUCCCGGCUGUCGCGCAUCCACGACGCUUCAGACCUCGCCGAAAUCUCGUCCGUCAACAACUCCGACCAAUCCACCCUACAGCAAGCGCCGCGGCCGUUUCCUCAGUCCCUGAGCUACAGCUCAUCCUGCGUGUCAGCUUCGGAGUUCUUCGACGCCGAGGAACAUGACGAUCUGAAGCCCGCGGAGAUCAUCGCUACUGAUGAGGCGGGAGUAAUAGAGCUUGACGGAGAUUCUUCAUCGGAAGCCGGUUCGUUAAGCAGCGAGGAGGGCUCCGCCAGCUCCGACAACUCAGAUGGUGCGACAUCAGCCGUGAUCCCAGCAGAACGGACCCCGCUCCAGAACGGCUCAGAGCCGCUCACCACCAUCUGUACUCGUCGCUCCCGCCUGCCGUGCCCCAGGCCCACGCCAGCGUCGCCCAGUCUCUGGAACCUGCUGUACAAGAAUAUCGGCAAGGAUCUCAGUCAGAUAUCCAUGCCUGUCACCAUUAAUGAACCUUUAAAUAUGCUGCAGCGUCUCUGCGAAGAGCUAGAAUACUCUGAACUCCUCGACUCAGCGUCGUCUUGCAACAACGAACUGGAGCGUAUGUCGCUCAUCGCUGCGUUUGCGGUCAGCGCGUACGCAGCGUCGGCCCAUCGCGCGGCGUCGAAACCUUUCAACCCGUUACUGGCUGAGACGUAUGAGUAUGUGAGUGGAGAGAGGGACUUCAGGUUUAUUGCUGAACAGGUAUCCCACCACCCGCCGAUAUCAGCAUGCCACGCGGAGUCCCCUCGCUGGACAUUCUGGCAGGAGGCUCGCAUCAAGACCAAGUUCUGGGGCAAGUCCAUGGAGUUCCAACCCACUGGGCGAGUCCAUGUGCGGCUGACGCCUUCUGGGGAUCACUAUAGCUGGAAUAAGGUGACGACGUGCGUUCACAACCUGUUCGGCGGGCAGCGCUGGGUGGACCAGUACGGAGACAUGCACAUCGUGUGUCACGGCACGGACAUCACCUGCAAGCUGCAGUUCAUCAAGGCGAGUUCUUGGUCAUCUAGUCGUCAUGAAGUCAGAGGAGCGGUCGCUAUAGGCGGCCAACCGCGGAUACGUCUACAGGGCCGCUGGUCUGAGGGGCUCCAGGGCGGAGAAAGAACGCUUUGGAGACCAGGGCCAAUGCCGCCAGACUACGAGCUGUACUACGGGUUCACGCGCUUCGCCAUGGAGCUGAACGAGUUGGAGCCCGGCAUGAGAGAUGUGCUGCCCUCUACUGACACUAGACUUAGACCGGACCAGCGAGCUUUAGAAGAAGGUGACGUGGAUGCCGCAGAGCAGUUCAAGCAUGAACUAGAGCAAGCGCAGAGGGAGCGGCGCCGCGACGGCAUCGAACACACUCCGCUCUGGUUCAGGAAAACGGUAGAAGACGGAGAAGAGACGUGGGUGUUCACGGGCGAGUACUGGAAGGCGCGCGAGGCGGGCUUCACCGACACGCCGCGGCUCUGGUGACCGCGCUUAUACAUACACCGUUUGCCGCAGUGUGAGGUGCUGUGCUAGGUUGUGUCGCUUCGCUUAGCGUUCAAUUAGAGCUUUACACGACUAUAGCCUUUUUCGUCAAUACAACUUAUCCUACUCUAUGUGUAUACUGUAAGGCCGACACGUUACAGGCGAGAAUCGUCUGUGGAUUGUAGACGUUUUUCGGUCGAAGUUUUGGUUUAAAAGGGGGUCUACUUUUAUGCCAUUUUAAAUAUGAAAAUCUUUUCUCGUACAUGUUAUGGAAAAAGUGAUUAUUUUUACAAGAAUUCAUCCAAUUUUUUAUGACAUUUAAAGAUUUGAAUGAGUAGAAGACGGUCUUUGCAUAGUUUGAUAACAUAUUUUUAAUACAAUACAAAUCAUUGCUUCGUGAUAAACAUAAACACAACAAUACAAACACAUUCAAUAGUUGAAAGAACGGUAUAAAUAAUGUCAAAUGAUUUUUUUUAUACUAUAAAUUACCCGAUCGCAAAAUUUCAAAAAGUAGGCCCUCUUAAAUUCCACAUAAUAACACCUUAUGUUUAGUAUUCAAUUUUACUUUGUUAUGUAAUAUAAUAUACACCGUGAGCUUGAGUUGACUUUCGGUAAAUGUUGGGAAAAAUAUUUUCUUUAUGUGUUUCUCUGCACGUGCUAUUGUUGAUAUCUUGCCAAAAAACAAGAGAGUUUUCAAAUAAAAUUAAGAAUACACCUCUAAAAUCUCUAAGAUUACUCAAGUCCACGGUGUAUCUAAAAAUAAUAAAUUUCCUAAAGGAAUAUGUUUACUACUAAUCUCAAGCUUUGAGAAUAUCGUAUUUCCUUAAGUCUACUUUGUUAAAAAAAAUGAAUUUUGUUGUAUUAAUAGUAUACUAAUAGUCAAUUCUUAUAUUUUGUUAUCAAAUGGUUCUACAAUGGUACUAAUUUUCAUAUAUUUUUGUUCAUUUUUGUUCCAAGUUAUGAAAUAUUGUUUUAUAUAGUAUUGUGGCUGUGAAAAAGUUUCCAUUAAAAUGAUAAAGGAUGUAAUUAUUGUAUAUUUUAAUUUGUAUAGUUCAGGGUGAAGUCACAUUAGCGUCGAGCCGCAUUUUAUGUAUGAGAAAACGCUCGUUUGUAUGAAGAGUAUGGAGACGCUUACGUAUCGGAAAGCUGAAAGCAUAUCAGAUUUUUAUUUGGUUGUGUUUUCCAAAUGUGGGAUUGUUCAUGCUUUUUCUAAGGAUCAUGAACGCUUUCAGUUCUACAGAAGAAAAAAAAUUGUAGUUACAAUUUGAGUUACAAUUUGUCGUAGAACUUGUAUCGUGUAACUCAGGGGAAAGUAUUUGUAUGAAAUUUUUGGGACAUUUUUUGUCUCCUAUCAGGAUCGAAAGAGCUCUUAUUUCUGAGUAAAAAAGAAAACAAAAAUUGUGAAAUCGACAACGAAAUAAAAAUCUGGCCAUACAUUACAUGCGGUUAGAUGCUGAUAGAAUGUGACUGCACUCUCACUGGCUAUCUCGUAGAGGAAAAGAGUAGGUAUAAUAGGAAUGUUGUUAUCUCGCUUACACUUACGCGUAUUAAAAUUGAAAUAUGCCUAUUUUAAACUAUUAAGUAAGUAAAUACACAUUGUUUUAGAGUACCAAUUCAUGGUAUAUUGUUAUAAAUACUAAUAGAAUCGUGGAAAUAUAGGGAAAUUGGUAAUAUAAAUAUGGCAAAUAACCUGUUCUAACAUUAUAAUUAAAAAACAUGUUAGGUUGAGGUAUAAUAUGUUUUACAUAAUAAGUACGUUUUUAAAACUAAAUGAAAUUCACAUAUAAAACAAUUCAAAUUGACAUUUAAUUUUAAAUCCAAAUCGAUGUAGAUAUCUUUCAAAAGGCUAUAGCCGGCACACAGAGCGAGGCAAUUUCCUCGCGCGGCAAACGUGCUAUGUAGACCUGCCUCGUCCGAGGCAGUGCGUGUGUUUCGCUGAGCAACCUGCCUUGGCCGAGGCACAUCUACGUGUCUGUCUCUGUGGGGACCCGGCUAAUCUAGAUUAUUCUAGAUCUUUUAGGGUCACUACGGAGAAUCUACAUUUUACCAAUUAUCUACGUUGCCUUGAUGUUAAUAAUUAAUAAAAUGUUGAUAUAAAUGUGACACAUCAGACGUCAGAAACACAGUGCUGUCGCCAUCAAAUAUGCGGGCAUUUUCAAAAAUUGGGACUCAAAAUUAGUGAAAGUUAUUAACAAAAAUUUG